GAGAAUGAUAUUUGUUCUUAUUGUGCUCAGCGUUAUUAUCUCUGAGAUAUUAGGCGAUAUCCCCGGCUGUGAUUAUUUCGAUACAAUCGAUCUGUCAAAUAGCACACAAUUAUGGGACGGGUCGUAUGUGUUUAAGAACAUGAAAAUACCAAAUCUGGAUCCGUACACUAAUCGCGAUGAGCAAUGGAAUGGACAGUUGUAUAGAAAAUUUGAUGGUAGAGAUUUUGGGAAACAACAUUAUUGCAUGCAGCCAAAGAAAUCAAAGGAUGGUCGGUAUAGAAUACUGCCCCAUCAGUGCAAUAAACUGCAGGACAACACCGAUGCGUAUACUCAAAUAGUGUCGAUAUUCUUCAUGAUUAUGUUAAUCAUCGUCUACAUGUUGCUGUCCAAUUUAAAGUCUAUCCAUGGCAAAUGCUGCACCUGUUACUUCUCCUGCCUUACUGCCUUUAUGAUGACGUUCAACAACAUUGGCGUCGGUCAAAAGGUCCGGUUCGUGAGGUACAUCAUCGUUUGGAGUGCUGCUGCCGUCUUGGUGCUAGUUACAUUUCUGUUCGAUUAUCUUCAUGAAAUUAUGGGCAUUCCGAACAAUUUGAAACCUGGCAUUAGUCUAUAUAUCUGCUGGAUCAAUACAUUUGAUUGGUCAGCUAUGAUCUAUUACUAUGGACCGAUGCUCCUUCUGCUUCUAUUCAAUACUACGAUUUUUAUUAAAACAACAAAUCGAAUAGUUGUACAAAACUGA